UUCCAUGGACCAAACACAGAGAAGAAUCCUGGGCAAGCCCCUUUCUAUGCCCACCACCCAGCCCAAGAAGAAAAGGACUCCCAUGAUGUCUUUCUUUUCCAAGGUCUCUUGGAAACUGAGGUUCCAGAAGAGGGAGCAUUUGAAGAAUGUGCUUUACAUCUUGGCAGAAAGAGCCCGGGACCCCAGUGCUAAAAAGCGUCACAUGGCAGUGAGGGGCCUGGGAACCAUGGCCUGUGAGAACCCUGACAAGGUGAGAAAGUAUAAGAAAGUUGUCCUAGACAUGCUGGUGCAUGGAUUGUAUGAUCCCAUGAGUUCUGAAGUCAUCCACGAGAGUCUGAAGACUCUGACCAUCAUCCUGGGCAAGAUCCAAGGGAAAGGUUUGGGCUCCUUCUUCAUAGACAUCACUCUUCAGACCAGGACUCUACUAGAUGACGAGAAUGACAGCCUGAGAUACUCGGCCUUUGUCUUGUUUGGGCAAUUGCCUGCCUUUGCUGGGCGGAAAUGGAAGAAAUUUUUCACCAAUCAAGUUAAACAGACUCAAGAUUCCCUCCUGAUCCAUUUACAGGACAGAAAUCCCCAGGUUGCCAAGGCUUGCAAAACCACAUUCCGAGCCUGUUCUCCCUACCUGAGGCAAAGGAAGGAGAGCAGCUUCCAGAGUGAGGACGAUCAAAGGAACCCCAAGCUCUGCAGGCAGCUGAGCCUCUACCAUCCCGAGCUCCUGCAGUACUUCUACGCAAAUAAGAUUCUGUAAACGCAGAGCCGAGGGGAAAUGCUUCCAUGUGAGCAGAUUGCAGGAGGGCUGAUCUCUCCCUCUCCUAGCUCUUCAGAUGCUCCUGCCGGCCUCUUGCAAUUGCGAUAGAAAAGGGGGUGUUGGGAGAGCGGCUGAUGGCAAAGAGAAUACUGUGGUAUUGUAUGAUGAUGUCCAAAGCAAAGCUGAAGGCUUUCCCAUGGCCGUUUCUCCCCUUGCAAAUUUGAUGAGAAAGUCCAUACUUUCUUUAAUGCAUUUAAAGUUUAUGUUGAUUCAGUGCUUAUUUCUCAGCUUUUUACUUAAGUUCAAUGCUAUCACAUCAUCUUUUUUUCUUUUUUAAAUAUAUUUUU